UUUCUUUCUCUGUGUUCUAACUCACGGGUAGCCCCCCAACAUCUUUUACAUCCACCCACUACGGAUCUGCUUUUUUGUAUCAUUUUCUCAUUUUCUCCCUUUCCAACAAAAAAAAAAUACAACACAUCAGGGGUGUGUGUGUGCGCGCGCGCGGGCAAGUUGCCGAGGAAAACAUUUCAUUGGGAAUAGAGACACUGGAGGCUGCCGAUUUAUUUGAUGGUGUAAGAAUUUUGGUUUUCUUCUUGGCGUCUUUCUUUGCCACUCUAUGAAUUUUCUGUCUCUCCCUGGCUGUCUCUAUCUCUCCCCUGCUUUCCUCUACUCUCUCUCUCUUCCGUCGUGUGUUUGUUGCGCUUCGCGUUUCUGUUGAUGGGAAAAACCCAGAAGAAGAUAUGAACGGUCGGACUGGAGGAUUGUAAGGAACAUAUAGGCUGUUUUUCCAAAUGCUCGCCCAUUGAAGCAUCUUGUUGCGCCCGGACUUCUGCUAACGUCGGGGAUGGAGACUAUUGAUUCACUGGAGGGCUGUACGAUUUAUUUAUAAAAGGAUGUGGUCAAGUAUGUUGGAAAAAUAGCCAUAGCUUCCGCAGUGUAAGGCCAAAUGACAUAGGAUGAAGGCUGUUCGAAGCCUGUUGAUUUAUAUAUUUUCCACCUAUCUUCUGGUUAUGUUCGGAUUAACUGGUGCCCAAGAUUACUGGUGUUCCACUCUGGUGAAGGGGGUCAUUUAUGGAUCAUAUUCAGUGACUGAGAUGUUUCCUAAGAACUACACAAACUGUACAUGGACGUUGGAGAACCCAGACCCAACCAAAUACAGCAUCUACCUGAAAUUAUACAAGCAAGACCUGGGCUGCUCCGAAUACUCUUUACUUUCUUAUCAGUUUGACCACUACUCACAGGAGAAGAUCAACGAGCUGCUCAGAGUCAACGAGUCUAUAGUCUACUUAUGUGAUACAAAGAAUAUUUAUGUAUUCCUACUAUACGACAAGAAUUUUGUUCAGCUGCGGAGAGUAUUUCCUUAUGAUUACAACGGAUUGACGCUACAAAAGCUUGAGGAGGAGGAGAAGUCUAUUGUGGAGUUUCUUGUGUUCAAUAAGGCCAGUCCAAGCCAGUUUGGGUGUCAGGUGCUUUGUACAUGGCUGGAAAACUGCCUCAAGUUGGAGAAAGGGACAGUGGAGACGUGUGGGAUCGUGUAUACAAAAUGCACUUGUCCUCAGCAUUUAGGCGAUGGAGAAUCUGAGAGUAUGCUAAUGCUGAACAACGUGGUUUUACCUUUAAAUGCUCAAACAGAGGGCUGCCUGGCACCGCAGCUCCAGGCUGGACAGGUGUGCAAUCUGAGUGCGGAAGUGAAGCGUCCGACUAAAGAAGAAUAUGGAAUGAUCGGAGAGCAUACAGUAAAAAGUCAGCGGCCAAGAUCAGUACAUGACACAAAGGCACUGCAGGAGAAGGCUGAUUCUGCUAAAUUUAUGGCACAAACUGGUGAAUCAGGUGCAGAGGAGUGGUCCCAGUGGAGCUCAUGCUCUGUAACUUGCGGUCAAGGGUCGCAGGUGCGAACAAGAACAUGCGCGUCACCAUAUGGAUCGCACUGCGCCGGCCCUUUAAGAGAAUCAAGGGUUUGCAAUAACACUGCCCCUUGUCCAGUGCACGGUGUGUGGGAGGAGUGGUCGCCGUGGAGUCUGUGCUCGUUCACGUGUGGCCGGGGUCACCGCACUAGGACUAGGAUGUGUGCCCCUCCGCAGCAUGGGGGGCGGGCCUGUGACGGACCCGAGACUCAGACUAAGCUUUGCAACAUAGCUCUUUGUCCAGUGGAUGGGCAGUGGCAGGAGUGGAGCCCAUGGAGUGAUUGUUCGGUCACCUGUGCCAAUGGGACCCAGCAGAGGACCAGACAGUGCUCAGCAGCAGCCCAUGGAGGAUCAGAGUGUCGAGGUCACUGGGCUGAGAGCAGGGAGUGCCAUAAUCCAGACUGUACAGCUAAUGGCCAGUGGAACCCGUGGGGCCCUUGGAGCGGUUGUUCGAAGUCGUGUGAUGGCGGCUGGCAGAGGCGUGUCCGAGUGUGUCAGGGUGCUGCAGUAACGGGACAACAGUGUGAAGGCAACGCCGAGGAAGUCCGCAAGUGCAGUGAUCAGCGCUGCCCAGCUCCAUAUGAGAUCUGCCCUGAGGACUAUGCAGUGUCCAUGGUGUGGAGACGGACUCCUUCAGGGGAGCUGGCCUUCAACAGAUGCCCUCCCAACGCCACAGGCACCACUAGUCGCCGCUGCUCUUUGGAUCACCGUGGUAUGGCCUUCUGGGAGCAGCCCAGCUAUGCUCGAUGCAUAACAAAUGAAUUCAGAUACUUGCAGCAAUCAGUUCAGGGUCAUCUUGCGAAGGGACAGAGGAUGCUGGCGGGAGAUGGGAUGUCCCAGGUGACCAAAAAUCUACUUGACCUCACCCAAAGGAGAAACUUUUACGCUGGAGACCUGCUAUCGUCGGUGGAGAUACUUCGCAAUGUGACUGAAACGUUCAAGAGAGCCAGCUAUGAGCCUUCUUCUGAUGAUGUGCAGAACUUCUUUCAAAUUAUCAGCAACCUUUUAGAGGAGGAGAACAAGGACAAAUGGGAAGAUGCACAAAAGAUCUACCCGGGUGCAGUGGAGCUCAUGCAGGUCAUAGAAGAAUUCAUUCACAUUGUCGGACUGGGGAUGAAGGAUUUCCACAAUGCCUAUCUGAUGACUGGCAACUUGGUGGCCAGCAUCCAGCGACUGCCAGCCGUAUCGGUGAUGACUGACAUCAACUUCCCCAUGAAGGGUCGUAAAGGCAUGGUCGACUGGGCCAGGAACUCCGAAGAUAAAGUGGUCAUCCCCAAGGGCCUCUUUGUUUCGCAGUCAGCAGCAGAUAUGGAAGGAUCCCCUGUCUUCAUUCUGGGAACAGUCCUCUACAAGACGCUGGGACUAAUGUUACCGUCACCACAGAACUACACUGUUGUGAACUCCAAAGUCAUUGCUGUGACAGUGCGCCCAGAGCCUAAAGCUACGGAAUCCCAUAUGGAGAUUGAACUGGCUCACUUAGCAAAUGGAACAAUGAACCCGUACUGUGCGCUGUGGGACGGCAACAUCAUGAACGAUUCUUGGGGAGCCUGGUCCUCUAAAGGAUGUAAAACCGUGCUCACAGAUGCAUCCCAUACUAAAUGCUUAUGUGAUCGCGUAUCUACCUUCGCCAUUUUGGCUCAGCAACCAAGAGAAAUAACCAUGGAGUACUCAGGGGUCCCAUCUGUGACACUGAUAGUUGGCUGCGGUUUGUCCUGUCUUGCCUUGAUCACCUUGGCAGUAAUCUAUGCUGUGCUAUGGAGAUACAUCCGUUCAGAGCGAUCCAUCAUCCUGCUUAACUUCUGCCUCUCUAUAGUGUGCUCCAACAUAUUGAUCCUGGUCGGACAAACUCAGACACACAAUGUGGGAGUUUGUAUCAUGACAACAGCUUUCCUUCACUUUUUCUUCCUGGCCUCUUUCUGCUGGGUGCUCACGGAGGCUUGGCAGUCGUACAUGGCAGUGACAGGGAAAGUUCGAACCAGGUUGAUCCGCAAGCGCUUUUUGUGUCUGGGCUGGGGAUUGCCAGCUUUAGUGGUUGCGGUCUCCAUGGGGUUCACUAAAACAAAGGGCUACGGGACACCAUUAUACUGUUGGUUGUCUUUGGAGGGUGGCCUCUUGUAUGCUUUUGUCGGUCCUGCAGCUGCUGUUGUUUUGGUCAACAUGGUGAUCGGUAUACUGGUUUUUAAUAAGCUUGUGUCCAGAGAUGGCAUUCUGGACAAGAAGCUGAAGCACCGUGCAGGACAGAUGAGUGAGCCGCAUACAGGAUUAACUCUCAAGUGUGCCAAAUGUGGUGUGGUAUCAACAACUGCUUUAUCAGCAACUACAGCGAGCAACGCAAUGGCGUCCUUGUGGAGCUCGUGUGUGGUCCUGCCUCUGCUGGCGCUGACCUGGAUGUCCGCUGUGCUCGCCAUGACGGACAAACGCUCCAUCCUCUUUCAGAUCCUCUUUGCCGUCUUUGACUCUCUGCAGGGCUUUGUCAUCGUUAUGGUGCACUGUAUUCUGAGGAGAGAGGUCCAAGAUGCAUUUAGAUGUCGGCUGAGAAACUGCCAAGAUCCAAUCAGCGGGGAUGCAACAGGAACCUUCCCUAAUGGGCACGCUCAGAUAAUGACUGACUUCGAGAAAGAUGUGGACAUUGCUUGCAGAUCAGCUCUCCACAAAGACAUGGGCUCUUGUCGUGCCGCCACCAUCACAGGCACUCUCUCCCGCAUCUCCCUGAAUGAUGAAGAGGAUGAGAAGGCUCCCGAAGGCCUCAACUACUCCACGUUGCCUGGCAACAUCAUCUCCAAAGUGUUAAUCCAGCAGCCGUCCUCUCUGCACAUGCCGAUGGGAGUGGGAGAUCUGAAGGAGCAGUGUAUGGGAGACAGUAACACAGAUAUGCGGCGCACUGUUUACCUGUGCACUGAUGACGCCCUGCGGCAGAGUGAGCAGGACAUGUCCCACGAGCUGGAGGCGCACGCAGCCGGGCAGAUGAUGGAGACUGACUACAUCGUCAUGCCCCGUGCUUCUGCCGCUUCAGCCAUGCCUGGCUCCAACGUGCCCACUCUUGUCAAAGACGAUACCAAGAUGAACAUCCCCAUGGAUAAGCUGUCCCACGAGAGGCUGAUGCACUACAAGAUGAACCCAGACUUCAACAUCAGCCCGCAGGCAAUGGACCACAUGAAUGUGAACCUGGAGCAGCAGUACCCCAGGGUCCCAGAGCAGAUGCAGAACCUGCCCUUUGAACCGCGCACUGCAGUCAAGAACUUCCUCGCCGAGAUGGAGGAGUCUGCAGGCCUGUCGCGCAGUGAAACAGGGUCCACAAUAUCUAUGAGCUCACUAGAGAGACGAAAAUCAAGAUAUUCAGAUCUAGACUUUGAGAAAGUCAUGCACACCAGGAAAAGACACAUGGAGCUGUUCCAGGAACUGAAUCAGAAAUUUCAAACCCUGGACCGAUUUCGAGACAUACCAAAUAUGGGCAGCAUGGACAAGGCAAUGCCAAACAAGAAUCCAUGGGAGAGCUACAAUCCAGCCUGCGAGUAUCAGAAUUACGCAACUAUGAAUGUACUAGAACCUAACACUAAGGACUCUCUGGAGAUGACGGCAGCCGAGUGGGAAAAGUGUGUCAACUUACCCUUGGAUGUCCAGGAGGGUGACUUCCAGACCGAGGUGUGAGGAGAGGAGGACAGAGGCCUAUAGAAAAUGCAAUUGUUGUGGAAGAGUUGGAUAAGAGAUGUAUUUUGCACUGAACAAAGCAACAGACUUUUUUAAAAACAGCCUUGGCAUACAUAUCGUAUGACAGUAUACGUAUGACAGGGACAUUAUGUGCCAAUCCAAUAUACGGACUGACUGGCGAGAGAGAGAGCAACAGAGAAAAGAAAAAGGGAAAAAACAUCCGUGUUACUUUUGUAUUCUCACUAGUGUACUUAGUGUGGGACAGCCUGGUGUACUAUAUCUACCAUCCUGUGUUUCAAAUGAUCCGUGGAGGAAUUGGCCCAAAAUCUCCAGAAGACACACCUCACAAAGCAACGACAUGCCAUGCGGUCCCAGCUUCGUCGGGCCUAGUUUUGAUUUGAGAAAACUGGUCCCACGCAGCACAAUGUACAUAUUUAUGCAGGUUUUUAAAAACGUUUAUAACAGUCAGUUUGGCCAUUACACUUUUUACUUUAUAAUAUAAAACAUGGAAGGCAAAGAGAAUUUUUCUGUCAUAUUAAAAUGAAUGUUUGUCAAGCUACAUUCUUCAUUGCUUUAAAUGCAAUAAAGAUAAUACUCACUUUUAUAUAAAUAAUAUAUUUCACAAGUUUAAUACUGCAGAAUCUGCUUGAAGGAUCCCAGCAAGCUCUCUCAUCUGCAGCUCUGUAUAAAAUAUUUAAAAACAAAAUGUUGUAUGGUGUAAAUAAACUUUUGUCUACAUAUGUUUUACUUGUGCCAAUUUAUUUUAAUGAAAAAAUGCCAACCCGAUAAAAAGUUAUAGCGAAAAUGUUAACAUUUGAAAAGGAAUGUAAAUAAAAGAGGAAAUAUGUUCGUACAGCUCC